AGGCCCACCGUUCCCCCUUCGCUUCGGUGCAGGGCUCCUCCCCGGUUUCCGCUGCGUCCCGGCCGCCGGUGAGCAUGGAGGUCCGCCGGCGGUUCCAACCGCGAGCCCCCGCCGCCUCACCCUCCCACGGCGGAUUAGCCCGUCGCCCAUCGGCGGCACCGGCCGCUCGGGUCCAGGCGUCUGACGCCUUACCUCUCCCGAUCCGGCACACCAACCUUCUCUUUUCCGCCUUCUUCGUUGGCUCCCUCGUCUUCCUCAUGCGGCGGUGGCGCGAGAAGGUCCGCUCCUCCAUUCCGCUUCACCUCCUCGGCCUCUCCGAGAUCUUCGCCAUCGUCGGCCUCAUCGCCUCCCUCAUCUACCUCCUUAGUUUCUUCGGCAUCGCCUUCGUCCAGUCCGUCGUCUCCUCCCACGAUGAGGAGGACGACUUCCUUCUCUCCGGCGCCGCCCCCGCCGCUCCCGUUUCCUCGCCCCCUCCCGCCGCCAUUUGCCCACUCCUCUGCACCGACGCCGCCGCGCCCGCCCCCCAGAAGAAUCCGAAUAUCACCGCCGAUGACGAGGAGAUCAUCUCCUCCGUGGUCGCGGGGAAGACCCCAUCAUAUGCCUUAGAAUCCAGGCUCGGGGAUUGCAGGAGAGCCGCCGGUAUCCGGCGGGAGGCCCUGAAGAGGAUCACCGGAAGGGCCUUUGAGGGGUUGCCGCUGGACGGGUUCGACUACGCGUCGAUCUUGGGUCAAUGCUGCGAGCUCCCUGUGGGCUACGUUCAACUGCCGGUUGGGAUCGCUGGGCCGCUGCUGCUCGACGGAAGUCAACACUACGUGCCGAUGGCGACCACGGAGGGAUGUCUUGUGGCUAGCACCAACAGGGGUUGCAAGGCUAUCGCUGAAUCUGGAGGGGCCACGAGCGUGGUGCUGAGGGAUGGCAUGACGAGGGCACCGGCUGUGAGGUUUCCGUCGGCCAGGAGGGCUGCUGACCUCAAGGCCUUCCUGGAGGAGCCGAACAAUUUCGAGACCAUCGCCUUGGUGUUCAACAGGUCCAGCAGAUUUGCCCGGCUACAGGGAAUCCAUUGUGCGCUCGCUGGGAGAAACCUCUACAUGAGAUUCAGUUGCAGCACGGGAGAUGCGAUGGGGAUGAACAUGGUUUCCAAAGGUGUACAGAAUGUCUUGGACUACCUUGAGAAGGACUUCGACGAUAUGGACAUAAUCAGUAUCUCAGGUAAUUUCUGCUCCGACAAGAAGCCGGCUGCUGUCAAUUGGAUUGAAGGACGGGGCAAAUCAGUGGUUUGUGAGGCAGUCAUCAAGGAAGCGGUGGUAAAGAAAGUUUUGAAGACCAAUAUACCUGCACUUGUGGAACUCAACAUGAUCAAGAACCUUGCUGGCUCUGCGGUUGCUGGAUCUCUUGGAGGGUUCAAUGCUCAUGCCAGCAACAUAGUGUCUGCCAUCUACAUAGCCACCGGCCAAGAUCCAGCUCAGAAUGUGGAGAGUUCUCAUUGUAUCACCAUGAUGGAAGCUGUCAAUGAUGGAAAGGAUCUUCACGUCUCUGUGACCAUGCCAUCCAUUGAGGUUGGCACAAUUGGUGGUGGGACUCAGCUGGCCUCCCAGUCUGCCUGCUUGGACCUACUUGGUGUGAAGGGUGCAAGCUUGGACACUCCUGGGGCAAACGCGAGACGCCUGGCGUCCGUCGUGGCAGGCGCUGUUCUAGCCGGGGAGCUCUCCCUCCUCUCGGCUCUUGCAGCUGGACAGCUCGUGAAGAGUCACAUGAAAUACAACAGAUCCACCAAAGAUUUAUCUAAGUCUGCCUCCUAAAUAAAACUCAAAAAGUACCUCAAAUGGCUUCCCUGAUAUCGAACAAACGAUCUGAGGUACCUCAUGAGAAGAAGCUGCAUUGGAUGUUUAUCUCUUUGGUUUCCUUGUGGGUUUUUCUCCUACUUCUUGUAAUAUGACCUCUUCAGGCUUGUGGUGUGUUUACCAUGUUCUUAUUCAAGGUUCUAUUAUUCAUGAAGGUUCUAUUAUUCA